AUUGUAGUGUAGAUGUCUGAUUUGCGUUGUACUGUACUAUGAGAUGGUUGCUGAUUUCUGUCACGGUGCUUGCUGUGGCCUACGUUGCUCACUUCUGUUUCUGCUCACUUUUACUACUGGGCGUAUUUGAAAAGGUUUACAACCAAUCUCCUGGCCUUUGUCGCAUCAUUGACGUAAACGGAUCUGAAGACAUUGUGCUCUUACCAAAUGAGCAUGCUCUGAUAUCAAGUGGUCUUCGAGAUGUCAAACCUUCCGACAUAGUUCAAUUUGUCCCACCUCGAGAUGGAAAAAUUUUGUUGUUUGAUUUCAAUAAACCGGAAAAGAACGUUACAGAACUACACUUGUUGCCCUCCGAAGGGUUUGAUCUAAAAGCGUUUAAUCCUCAUGGGUUGAGCUAUUGGCACGAUCAGAACACCGGUCAGAUAUUUCUCUAUGUUGUCACUCAUCUGGUAGACGGAGAGGCGGUAGAGGUGUUUGAGUACCUCUCAGAUGAAAGUGCAUUGAAACAUGUGAAACAGAUCCGGCAUCAACUGAUCAAUGCACCGAAUGAUGUCGAGGCAGUCGGUCACGACAUGUUUUAUGUCACAAAUGACCAUUAUUUCGAUUCGGCAAUGAUGAGGCUCGUUGAGAGUUAUUUGCAGUUGCAGAAGGCCACUGUGGUAUUCCACGAUGGCGUAAGAAAUGAGACUCAAUUGGUUGCCAGAGAUCUGAAAUUCCCCAAUGGAGUAAGCACUUCACCUGACCACAGAUACGUUUAUGUGGUUGUUGGUACUGCCAUGGAAUUGAACAUCUACGAACGUAAUGAAAAUGACAACACUCUCCAACUCAUUCAAGUGAUCAAUCUGGCCAGCCACUGCGAUAAUAUAUUUACUCAACCAGAUGGUGGAGACUUGUGGCUUGCAUGUCAUCCUCGUAUCAUAGACAUGGCUUGGCAUAUACACAGAGAUACCAAUCAUCAAACUGGCUCUCGAGUGCUUCGUCUUCGACUCGGAAAUGAAAACUUCGGUAAAGGUCUGCGAUUUCCAGACUUCGAAAUUAUACAGAUUUAUAGCAAUGACGGUAGUGAGCUGCAAGGAUCAUCUGUUGCUGUCUUCCAUCGUGGAAAUAUGUUGGUGGGUACUGCAUUGCAUCGUCUUCUCUACUGUGAAGUCAAAUCAUUAGAUGCUUGGCAUAUGACACAUCUGGUUUAGGUCAUGACAGAACACAGUUUUUCUUCACCUAUCUUACUUACAAAGCACAGUCAGCGUAUUAAAUAUAUUAAUAAUACCAACAUCAUUGAGCUCCAUGUUUUGAAUAAUACAAAUUGAGGU